UUUAAAUCUCUCUCUCUCUCUCUCUCUCUCUCUCUCUCUCACAUCUCUGUGUAGUGGAGUUUGCAGCUUGGAUUUGCAUAUGUUUUAAGAAAUGACGGAUCGUAUGGAAAAACUUGCACUUAUUCCAUUCUCAUUGAGCUGUAAUUCUGACUUAAGUGUUGCAGUUGGCACCACCCAAUUACCUGAGAAGAAAUAUGCAGAACAAACUACAGACACAAGUUUGGUCGUAACAGGACAAAAGGAGGGAGAGGGAAAGCCUUCGAGAGAGAAAUCAAUGAAGAAAAGCAGGGGAUUCUUGGCUCUUCCAAAACCACUUCUUUCGAAGGGCAUACAUAGAUUGGUGAAGCAUCUAAAAAGUUUUUCUCAGAUGUUUGUUUACAAGGAAGAAAUGGAAGAAAAGGAAAAGGAACUGGAAAUAGGGUUUCCGACAGAUGUAGAGCAUGUAAGCCAUAUAGGAUUGGAUGGAUCAACGACAAUCAAUCCAAUUCCAGAAUGGAAAAAUCGAAAAGCUCCUGAAAUUCUUUCAUUUCCUUCAAUUUCUUUAGAACAAUUUGAACGUGCAAUGGCUGCCCAAUCUCAUGGCCAUUUAAAUAUUACCACUGAUACAAAAUUUACCUUAAAUAACAAUUUGAACUUACAAUUCUAGACAUUUAGUGUGAAUUUCCAAUGAAUGAGAGUUUCUUCCAGUUAAUUUCGUUACUUGAGUUCUUUGUUGUUAGGAUGGAAAAGAAAAUAUUUAAUUUGUUACAACAAAGGAAUUUGUGAUGAAUUGCUAUUGCAAAGAUUAAUGGCCGAAGAAAUAUUGAU